AUGUUUUCAUAGUACAGUAUUGGUGGAACAUUCUUUAGUCAUUGCAAAACUUCCUUCCCUUGGCAAUCUAUUCCUAUGGGAUAGCAGUACCUUUGUCCCGUUUUUGAUAUGAACACAGAUGACACAAUAAAAUGUUAUUUUAUAACAUCUAUCUUUCUUUGAACUUGGAGGUUAUUUUUUCUCCAUUUUUAUGCCUACAGUAUCAGUGACGAAGAUCGAGAAGAGCUUGAUACAAGUACAGACAGCAAAGAGGUUGAAACAAAGGAGCAAGAAAUAGAUGCCAUGACAGAUGAAGAAGAUAACUCAAUGCCAAAUAAAAAGAAAGGAGGGCGAAGAGGACAGAAUGGCUUUAAAGAUUUUACAAGACAAGGGGAGACUACUGAUGAUAAGUGUGAACUGCUCACUGCAGAAGAAGAGGCAGUUUUAAAACAGGAGCAACAAAAUAAAGAAAAGGAACUCAUAGAAAAGAUUCAGAAAGCUACAGCCUGUACCAAUAUUUCUCCUUUGGGCCGUGACCGCUUGUAUCGACGCUACUGGUUUUUUUCAUCUGUUCCAGGACUAUUUGUGGAAGAAGACUAUUCUGGUCUUACAGAAGACAUGCUGUUGCCUCAGCCAUCUUCAUUUCAAAAAAAUGUACAGGGUCAUAUUUCAGAAAAAUCUCAGAUAGCCAUUAAAACUGGAGAGCUUUUGACGGCAGAAUCUACCUCCAAUAUUCACCAAGAUUUGGAAACUAGCGCUAUUGUAAAUGUAUCACAACCAAUACAAAAGCCAAACAGAUGGUGCUUUUAUAGUUCUCAGGAACAGCUUGACCAACUCCUAGCAGCUCUCAAUUCCCGAGGAUACAGGGAAAGUGCCUUGAAGGAAGUUCUUUUACAGGAAAAAUCCAGAAUAUGUGAACAACUUAGUAGUUUUCCUAUUGAAAAAUUCCAUAUUUCAGAAAAAACACAGAAUGAAGCCAAGCCACAUUUUGGACGUGGAAAAAUACAGAAUGCUUGUGAUAUAGUCCAAAAAUCUGCAGAAAAGCAGCUUGAAUUAAGGCUUAGAGACUUUCUCUUAGACAUUGAAGAUAGAAUUUUCCAAGGAACAUUGGGUUCCAUUAAGGUAACGGACAGAUACAGUUGGAGAGCAGCCUUAGAAAAUGGGCAGUAUGAACUGCUAAAUGAAGAAAAUAAAGAAAAUGGUGUAAUAAAAUCUGUUAAUGAAAAUGUUGAAGAGAUGGAAAUAGAUAAUCAAAUAAGAAUUCUUGCAAAAGACAGAUUAAUAGGAUUAAAACCUGAACCUCGAAGUACUGCUUCAACUAAUACAAAUACUCCACAGCCUAUGAAUAAUACAGUCCAUUAUUUGGCAUUGGCAUUGCUUCAAAUACAGCAAGGAAUUGAACGCAAAUUUCUCAAAGCCCCACUUGAUGGCAGUGAUGGUGGCCGUUCACAUAAAACAGUCUUGGAUCGCUGGCGAGAAUCACUCCUUUCUUCUGCUAGCCUCUCUCAGAUCUUUCUUCAUCUCUCAACAUUGGAGCGAAGUGUAAUCUGGUCUAAGUCCAUUUUAAAUACUCGGUGCAAAAUGUGUAGAAAGAAAGGAGAUGCUGAAAGCAUGGUGCUAUGUGAUGGCUGUGAUCGAGGCUAUCAUAUCUACUGUAUAAGACCAAAGCUUAAGGCUGUUCCUGAUGGAGACUGGUUUUGUCCAGAAUGUCGACCUAAGCAGCGCUCUAGGCGUCUUUCAUCCCGACAGAGACCUUCUGUAGAAAAUGAUGAAGAGGCUAUAGAACAAAUUGAAGAGGAGGAUGAAACUAGUUAUGAGGAAAUUGGGCAAAGUGAAGAUGAUUAUGAAGAGGAAGAAGAGGAGAAUAUUGAUAAUUAUGAUUCUCAAGAAGAAGAUGAAAAAAGCUUAUCCAAACUAGGAAAGCCUCAAGUAAAACUUGCUUUAAGAACAAGAGCCACAAAACUUGCCACUGCCAUCUCAGGUCAAUGUAAUCAUCUGAGUACUGGAAGAUACAAUUCUCGGAGUCAGCAGAAUACACCUAAGCAAACUGGCUCUUCGUAUAAAGCUGUUGGGAAGAGCACCAGAAAAACAAAGUCUGCUCCUCCCUCAGUGACAAAAUCAUUAAGAUUUAACAGUCGUAUUACUCGCCAUAAUCGAGACAUGCUGGAAGCAGAUGCAUUUAUAGAGUUGACCAGCCAUCGAAGGCGACGUAAAGGAACAAAGACAACAGACAAUACUCUAGAAAGUAGUCCUUCUGGUUCCCUGGGCUUCAGAAUUGUUGAUGCUAUGAACUUAAGGAAAGAGAAAAGCUCUCCAAUUUCAGUAGGAAACAAAUUGCAAAAUACAGACCUCCCCAAAAGGGGUAGGAAACGUCAAUCUACAGAACCUUCUCAAAUGCCAUUGAAUCGGAGAAGUUCAGGGCGACAGGGUGGAGUACAUGAAUUAUCUGCUUUUGAACAGCUUGUUGUAGAACUGGUCCGACAUGAUGACAGUUGGCCUUUUAUGAAAUUGGUUUCCAAAAUACAGGUACCAGACUACUAUGAUAUAAUUAAAAAACCUAUCGCUUUAAACAUAAUCCGUGAAAAAGUGAACAAAUGUGAAUACAAAGUAGCCUCGGAAUUCAUUGAGGACGUUGAGCUGAUGUUUUCAAACUGUUUUGAAUAUAACCCUCGCAAUACAAGCGAAGCAAAGGCUGGAACAAGACUUCAGGCAUUUUUUCAUGUUCAGGCUCAAAAACUUGGACUUCCUAUUGCAUCAGGGUACAUGAACCAUGUUGCUCCAGCAGCCAAAAAAUCACGGAUCUAACUUCUUCCUCUUAAAGGACUUAAAUUAGAGGAAACCUUUAUAUUUUCAUAGAAAAUGAAACACUUAAAUCAUGCAGCCAUAGAAAGCAAUAACAUCUGCUACACCUUGGAAGUGUGGCCUGCACUAUAUUCUCAAUUUAUUAAGCGCUCAGGAUGAUGUAGGAAAGGUUCCCUUUUCUACAGUUUUGUUCAGUGUCUAAUAAUUUUGAUAUGUAUUGAAUACAGUACUGGUUUAUAGUAGCUUUGGUAUUUUAAAGACCAUUUUCUGUCCAAAUGCCUUUUUUUCAGCACCAGCAAUUCUCAAAUUGUUUAGAGAACUAUAUUUUCUUUUGUAGGCUGUGGCAUAGUUUUGUAAGAAUUCUACCUAGGCUAUAAUCAUCAUUUCCAAUACAAUAGAACAAGUGAAAUAUAUUAAGUCAUUGAGUACCAGUUUUUGACACUACGUGAAUGAGUACAAUUUUAUAUCUUUUAAAUUACUGUGCCAGUGCUGUUUGGAAAAAUUAAACCUGACUUUAUUAAGUAGAUAUUUAUUUAGCAUACAAAUAAUUUGUGGAUUUGUUUUCUAUUUAUAAAAUAUUUACUUU